AUGAAGGCUCGCGCCAUCGUCCUACUGGACCUCGACUACUUCUACUGCCAAGUCGAGAUGCUCCGCAACGGGCUUCCGGCGGAGCGGCCAGUCGCCGUAACCCAAAAGUUCCUCGUCGUGACAUGCAACUACCCUGCUCGUUCCUCGGGUGUUGCAAAAUUGAUGCGGACGACGGAGGCCGUAGCUCGCUGCCCCGAUUUGCGGCUGAUAGCCGGUGAGGACCUGACGCCGUAUCGCGAGGCGUCUGAUGAGGCGAUGCAGGCGCUUCGCGCCUUUGGGCCGGUGCAGCGAGUCGGUCUGGACGAGUUCUUCAUCGACGUCACAGCUGUGGCCGAGGCGCGUGCUAGCGCUGGCGCCUGGGCGCCAGGCACGCACGCGCGCGCCGCCGUCCGCCGCGCAACGGGCCUGACCAGCUCCGCCGGCGUCGCGCACAACAAGCUGCUCGCCAAGCUCGCAGCCUCGCUGCACAAGCCGGACGCGCAGACCGCGCUGCCCGCCUCCGAGGCGAGCGCGUUCGUCGCGCCGCUGCCGCUGCGCGCGCUGCCCGGCGUCGGCGCGCGCAGCGCGAACUGCGUCCCCUUGCGGCGCGUAGGCGCUCGCGCGGCGGCGGCGCUGCACGCCACCGGCUGCACCACGGUGGCGGAGGCGCGAGAGGCGGGGCUGGCGGCGCUGCAGCGCGCGCUCGGCGCCGCCGCAGGGCGGAGGCUGGCGGCGCAGUGCGAGGGGGCGUGCGCCGAGCCGGUCAAGGAGAGCGGGCCGCCGCUCUCGGUGACGGUGGAGGACUCGUUCAAAGCGGCGCACUCGGUGGAGGCGCUGCGGCUGGUGCUGCAGGUGCUCGCGCCGGACCUGCGGCGGAGGCUAGCGGACGAGGCGGCGUCGCGCGGCGCCUCCGCCGUCGAGGGCGUGCGGUGGCGGCACCACGGAACACGCACGAUGCAGAACCCGACCGGCGAGCGCGACGCGUCGGUGGCGCCGCGCGGCCCUCUCUGCGUCAGUCGCUCGUGCGCCAUGCCGUCGGGCGCCAGCGGGGAGCGAGGCGCCGCCGCCAUCGCCGCCGCUGCUGAGGCGGUCCUGCGCGCGAACUUGCGGCCGCCCCAACCCUCACGGCCGCCGUUCCACCUGACGCUGCUCGCUCUCUCCGCCACCAAGUUUGCGCGGGCGGGCGGGCUGCAGGCGGGCGGGCUACGCGACGCGGCGGGCUCGCGCGGAGCUAUUGCCGGCGAGAAGGGCGCAUCGCCACAGGCGAAGCAGGCGGCGGCGGCGCAUCGAGAUUUCCGCUCGGGGUAUCAGCUGGGCCAGGGCUCUCCGGUGGUGCUGAUGAGCAAGGCGGAGGAGAGGCGCGACUGGAGCGAGUGGGCGUGGGAGGGCGGCGGGGAGGAGGAGCUGUGCGGCGGCGACGAGGAGGCUGGCGGCGCAGAGCCGCACGACGUGGGCCCCUGCUUCCCCUCCCCGCGGGAGCUGGGGGCACGGAGCCCGAGCGGAGAGGCGGGAGCGAACGAGGCGCAGGAGGCAGGGUCGGCCGAGGCGGCCGAGGCGGCCGAGGCGGCGGAUUGGGGGCUCGCGGGCAGGAACCACCUGCCCACGCGGAGCGAGGUGGCGCCAGCGGCGCGCGGAGGCCGGGAAAGCGCGAUCGAGGACACAGCGACCACAAGGGAGUGCCGCCGCCACGGCAGCUGA